UUAAACAGCAGCCAACAUAAGCCUACUCUUAUGACAUGUGACUUCACUGCUUUCCGUUUUUUUGAAAGGGUUAUUAACAGGAGCUGAUGGCAGUUUCAGUAACAAAUCAUCACUGAGAAAAGGAAAACACGAUAAUAUGCAGAAAUCUACAAGAGCUGAUACCUCAGCGGAAACACUGAAUUCCACCCACCAAUGCUCUGGAGCUGUUCAAAUGAGAAUCAAAAACACCAACAACCACCAUGACAGGCUGAGCCAAACUAAAUCCAUGAUUCUCACGGAUGUUGGCAAAGUCACUGAACCUAUAUCGCGACACAGAAGGAAUCAUUCUCAGCAUGUCUUAAAAGAUGUCGUUCCUCCAUUGGAACAAUUGAUGGUUGAAAAAGAAGGUUAUCUUCAAAAAGCUAAGAUUGCAGAUGGAGGGAAGAAACUAAGGAAAAAUUGGUCAACGUCCUGGAUUGUUCUUUCUAGUCAAAAAAUUGAUUUUCACAAAGAAUCAAAGCAACAGGCUCUGUCCAAUAUGAAAACUGGACACAAACCAGAAAGUGUGGAUUUGCGUGGAGCAAAGAUUGAAUGGGCCAAGGAAAAAUCAAGCAGAAAGAACGUCUUUCAGAUCACAACAGCAGCAGGAAAUGAGUUCCUUCUACAGUCAGAUAUUGACUUCAUCAUAUUGGAUUGGUUCCAUGCAAUCAAAAAUGCAAUUGAUAGAUUGCCAAAUGAUCCAAGUUAUCCAUCAAGAAAGCUGGAGUUAUUCAAAAUCCAGAGAUCCUCCAGUACUGAAUUGCUAAGUCGCUAUGACAGUGAUGUCAAAGAACAGAAACCAGAGAACCUAAAGUCUUUAAUGUUCAGACUGCAUCAUAGUGCAUCUGGUUCCAGUGACAAAAACCGAGUUAAAAGCAGAUUAAAGAAGUUUAUUACCCGAAGACCUUCCUUGAAAACUCUACAAGAAAAAGGACUCAUUAAAGAUCAAAUUUUUGGCUCUCAUUUGCACACAGUGUGUGAACGUGAACAUUCCACAGUUCCAUGGUUUGUAAAGAAAUGCAUUGAAGCUGUCGAAAAGAGAGGCCUAGAUGUUGAUGGAAUAUAUCGAGUUAGUGGCAAUCUUGCAACAAUACAGAAGUUAAAGUUUAUUGUUAACCAAGAAGAGGAGCUGAAUUUGGACGACAGCCAGUGGGAGGACAUCCACGUUGUCACUGGAGCACUGAAGAUGUUUUUCCGGGAGCUGCCUGAGCCACUCUUUCCUUACAGUUUCUUUGAGCCAUUUGUGGAGGCGAUCAAAAAGCAAGACAACAAUGCAAGAAUUGAAGCUCUAAAGUCUCUAGUACAAAAACUCCCUCUACCAAAUCAUGACACCAUGAAAGUACUGUUUGGACAUCUAAAUAAGAUAGUGGCCAAAGCCUCCAAGAACCUUAUGUCCACACAAAGCUUAGGGAUUGUCUUUGGCCCUACGCUUUUGAGAGCUGAAAAUGAAAUGGGAAAUAUGGCUAUACACAUGGUAUACCAAAACCAGAUAGCAGAGCUCAUGCUGAGUGAGUACAAUACAAUCUUCGGCUCAGAGGAAGACUGACAGAAAAGACAAGUUACUGAAUAUGUUCACAUCUGUCUUGAUGCCUAAUAUUUUUACAUUUCUGUAAACAUAUUUCUGAAGUAUUUUUUUCUUUUCAAGCGACAGAUGCCUCAUUUUGUGAAAACUUAGCGAUGAUUUGUGUUUAAGUUCCAAACAUUUGAAUAAAAUAAUUGACAAUAUUUGCCUAUAUGUGUUCUACAUUAACCCCUUGAGCACAGUAACUGCUAGCACUUGGAGAAUCACGUCCUGUCUGUCUCACACUCUUAGACGUUGUGCAGAGGAGAUGUGUGGUUGUACACAGAUGUACAAAUGUGAACAGGUGACUGUGGCUGAGAGUGUAGAUAUGCAAACACAAACCUGUGCCUUCUACUCCACAUACUUCACCCAUGUUCCACAUGGCAGACCCCAAACAGGUGGGAUGGCAGAAGCUAAAAAUUUUUAAAUAAAAUGAUGAAGAUCAA